AUGACCCGUCAAUCCAAUCACAAAUCCCCUAAUACAGAUUUUCAAAACCAAUGUUGUCAAUUGAGGACCGUGAAAGUCAUUGGAGCCAGCCAGGUACCUUGCGGACGAUUCACACCGGCCACUUAUAACACAGCAAUUAUCAUCGCCAUUUCAAAUCAUACACUUCAUUGGACAAGCUAUGGCUCCACUGGUAUACUAUCAACCUUGGAGGACCUGUAUUGA